AUGUCGUCGUUAGCGGUAAACCCGUUAAUGCCAAAAUUGGCCGCUAAGCCUUUGAUCGAGCGGACGCACUACAGCGGUCCGUCCGGCGGCUCCAUUCACCACAGCCAUCACAGCCACAGCAGCAAAGGCAGCAGCAAGCACAGCAUAGCAUUAACGGCGUUAACCCUACUAUCGUUCCUGUUUUUCCUCAACAUCCUGCAAAAUUGCAUUCAGGAGCACAUGCAAGAAAUGAACAACACGAAUGCGGCGCAAGUGACGAUCAUGCUCCAGGGGCGAAGCCCCGAAGUGCGCGAGGCGCAAAACCGCAAAGGAGAAGUGGAAUUUUUCAACGCGUCGCUAGCCCCAGAGGCGAGGCUCAGCCCGGACACCGUGCGAACUAAACCGGUCGAUCGCUACAUGACGCAGAUCCCCGUCAAGCUUCGAACCAACGAAAAAGCCGUCAAACCUUAAAAGUAGUACUUGUUUUAUUUGAA